CGGCGGCGGCGGAGGCGGUAGCAGCGGCGGAGCGCGGGCCGGCCGCUCCCUCCCACCGGCACCUCCGCGCCCAGCCGUCCGCGCCGCCCGGCUCCCCCAUGGACGCCUCUCGCGCCGCCGCCCCGCCGGUGCCGCGCUGCCGGGCGGCGGCCGCCGCCGCCUCCCCGCGGCGCUGCUAACGCCGGGGCGCGGCGCCCCCGCUCCCUUUUUUUUUUUUUUUUUUUUUUUUUUUUUUUUUUUUAACGCCGUUCCCGUCGAAGCGCGGAGCGGCGACCCGCGGCCGAGAGCCGGCGCGGCCCGACGGACGGCGGCCCCGCUCCCGGCGCGCACCCCUCCUCGGCGGCAGCGGCGGCGGCGGCGGCGCGGAUGCGGCAGCCCCCCGGCGAGUGCGAGAUGGCGCUCAGCGGCACGCUCCUCCCCUCCAUCGCCACCUUCGCGGCGGGCGCCGCGGGCCGCGAGAAAGCGCCGCGGCCCGCGGGCGCCGGCAACAGGUGGCGCGAGGAGCUGUCGCAGCUGAAGCGGCUGCCGCCGGCGCUGGCGGCGCGGCCCUCGGAGGUGCCGCCGCCGGAGCUGGAGGGCCCCGCCGGGCUGGGGCCGCGCCGCGACGCCGAGGAGUUCAACGAGCUGCUGGACUUCGACUUCAUCCUCUCCAACUCGCUCAUGCACCAGGAGCCCGCCGCCGCCGUGGUGGUGGCCCCCGCCGCCGCGCCGGCCCCCGCCGCCAGCCCCGCCGCCGCCGGCUUCGCCUACCCGCUGCCCCGCGCCGAGCCCGGCGGGCUCUUCUACGGCGGCGGCGGCGGCGGGCGCGACGGGGCGGCCGCCGCCGCCUUCAACCUGGCCGACAUCUCCGACGUGUCGCCCUCGGGAGGCUUCGUGGCCGAGCUCAUGCGGCCCGACCUGGACCCGGUGUACAUGCCGGCGCCGGCCGCCCUGCCGCCGCUGGGCAGCCUGCAGGGCAAGUUCGUGGUGAAGGCCCUGGGCGACUACAGCCACGUCGGUGCCAGCCCCAAGAGCGGCCCCGCCGCCGCCCCGCCGCCCGGCUCCGACGGCCCCGUGGGCCCUUACAGCCCGCUGCCGCGGAUGUGCCCCAAAAUCAAGCAAGAGGCCGCCCCGCCGUGCACCCUGGCCCCGCCGCCACCGCACGGCGGCGGCCCCCGAGGAGCCCCCCAGCACGAAUUCUCCCUGGGCCGCCCGCUGCCCGCCCGGACUACCCCCUCCCUGGGGCCCGAGGAGAUGCUGAGCGGCAGAGACUGUCUCCCCGCCGCCCCGGGGCUGAGCCACCCGCCGCUGCCGCCGGGGUACCCCCCGGCCCCCGGCUACCCCGCUUUCCUGCCCGAGCAGCUGCCUCCCAGCACGCUCCAGUACCAAGAGCUGAUGCCGCCGGCGGGCUGCCUGCCGGAGGAGACCAAGCCCAAGAGGGGACGCCGGUCGUGGCCUCGGAAGAGGACCGCCACGCACACCUGUGACUACGCAGGCUGCGGCAAAACCUACACCAAGAGCUCCCAUCUCAAGGCGCACUUGAGAACCCACACAGGUGAGAAACCUUAUCACUGUGACUGGGAAGGCUGCGGAUGGAAAUUUGCCCGGUCCGAUGAACUUACUCGUCAUUACAGAAAGCACACAGGCCACCGCCCUUUCCAGUGCCAGCGGUGUGACAGAGCAUUUUCCAGGUCGGACCACCUCGCCUUACAUAUGAAGAGGCACUUUUAAUUGGAAGCAGUGGAUCUUUCCCAAACUGCCGUAGAGAUUCAGUAUUUACAGCACAAGGACUGUCUUCUGCAAGAAGGGGGAACCCAGUUUAAGCACUACAGAGAAUCAUGGUGAAGUCUUCCAAAGAGUGGAAAUAGGGAUAAUUGUAUAUGAACAUUGGAACUUUUUUAAUAUAAAUUAAAAAAAAAAAAAACAUUGGGGUCAAUGACUGGAUCUUCUAUCAUUCCAUCUGUAAAUCCAACUUGAAUUGUUUCCGGACUACAAAAUGCCAAGAAGUGACUGGAAGUCACGGAUAUCAGGGUUAAAGAGACUGUGUAGGAGGGAGGGAUGGGGAUAUUACAUAGGGAAAUAACAUUCCCUUAAAUUUUCUUUCAAUGCAAUAUUAGAUGUAAAUGUCAUCUUGUAUUUUCCUUUUUUUCCUUCUAAAAGCCAUUACCAUGUUAAAAGAGGAGGAAAAUUCAGGUACAGAACUAUGUUUUUAAAGCCUAUUACAUGGUGCUUAGUGACUGUUGGUUCUAGAGGUACCAAAAACAGGAAGCCAAAGUUCUCAAACUGCUGCAUAUCUGACAAGGAAAUAUUUUUGUCUUCCGAUCUCCAGUUAUGACCUAAAUCAGGUAAAUAAACCUGGUUUAUUUUUUAAAGAAAAUAACUUUAUGCAGACAGUCUGUAAUGCACUGUGGUUUCGAUGUGCAAUAGUUUGUACAAUGGUUUAUUCCCAAAUAUGCCUUAAGCAGAACAAAUGUUUUCUAUAUAGUUCUUUACAUAAUAAAUAUGUAAUAUAAAUUUAAGCAAACUUCUAUUUUGUAUAUUUGUAAACUACAAAGUAAAAAUGAGCAUUUUGUUGGAGUUUGUAUUUUGCAUAUUCAAGUUGAAAAUAAGUUUUAAUAAACCCAUAAUAUUUUAUCUGAA